ACUCAACGACCACUUUACACGGCAUGACUCAUCAUGAGCUCCAGAAACAAGGUCUAUAAAUAUUUCUAUAAAAAACUAAUGAUAGUAAUCCAGUCGAAUUUUCUGUUCCAAUUUCCAAAUCAAGUGGCUGCGAGAUAUUAAUUCUUAUAAGUAGUACUUAAGAAGCUCGAUCAAAGGCCCUGCUCACGUACAGCAAUAUUAAUGGAUCUAUCCGAAAUCAACGAGUUACGCAUAGCUGCUACAGCAUCCUAUAACAAUGCCCCCCGGUACCUUCAAAAUCGAGCAUGGGACUUCUUUAAGCAGAUGGAUAUGAAUGGGGAUGACCGAGUCAGCUUGGAUGAGUAUUUCACGUUCUUCCGAGCAUGCGGUUACACCUGGAUAGACUGCAACUUGUUCUGGGCGUUGGACCUCGACAGAGACGGUCGCUUGGAUUUCUACGAUGUCCUGGCGUUGUACUACUUCAUGAAAACACGUGUGCGGUGCCGAUGCUGCUGGGACUGGCCAAGGAGGAUGUAUUUUACAUGCCUCGAAUGCUUUGACAGCGGUGGCAACACCUACGAUCUCUGUCCCAACUGCUAUGCCCGCGAAGAAUUAACUAGAUUCCAGCACGGGCGGAAUGUUCAUGGCAUUGAUCGCAACAUCUUCUUAGAUAGCUAUGUCUUGCUACGGGCCAGGAGAGGCUGGAUUCCUGCUGCUGCUCCUUCAAAUAUGAGCCUGGCACUAGUUCCUCAACCUCCUCCUCAACAUCAACCUGCAAGGCCUGAUUGGUGGAAUGUACUUCACUUAUUGGAUGUGGCGAUAAACGGCGCGAUAAGCGGCGCGAUAGGCGGCGUGAUAAGCGGUCUUUGCAGCAUCAUGUGAUAUUGAUAUAGAGUUGUGCUACAUAUUCUUUUACAAUACUUAUUUUGUUAGUUUUAUUUUGAAUUUCAAAUUUUAUAAUUUUCAAUGUAUCAAUAACUGAUAUGUAGAGAAGUAAAUUUUUUGUAAG